UCAACAAAAGUGACGACAACACACAAACCGAAGCUAAAACAGAAAAAAAAAAAGAUUGGGGUUCUCAGGCUUUUUUGUCGUCCCCUGAGGCCUUCUCAAAAGUGCUUACCGCUGUAUUUGUAGGUGACAUGCAAACAAUCUCUCACUCUUUUACAUCUGAAGGAGGAGGUUGGCCGAGGCUUAGGGCUUAGGGAAAGACGUUGCUCGCUUUGCCUACGUAAUGGCUUUCUCAUGUAAAACUGGCUUUUCUGCGGUGGUAUAUUGGCCGUGACGGCGCAGCACCUUGAGUAAUGAUGAUGACAAUGGCAAGCAAAUCCUGCCUGCUCUCUCUGCUCGGGGCUCGGCUGCUUUUCCUUAACCCACUCAUUUGCACAUCCAGGAAGGGCUUUCCCCCAAUCACCUGAAGAAGGCCAAGCUCAUGUUCUUCUACACCAGGUACCCCAGCUCCAACAUGCUCAAGAUGUUCUUCUCGGACGUUAAGUUUAACCGGUGUAUCACGUCUCAGCUGAUCAAGUGGUUCAGUAAUUUUCGGGAGUUCUACUACAUCCAGAUGGAGAAGUUCGCCAGGCAGGCCAUAAACGACGGCGUGACAGGGGCUGAAGAGAUCGCCGUCAGCCGAGACUCAGAGCUCUUCAGAGCUCUCAACAUGCACUACAACAAGGCCAAUGAUUUUGAGGUUCCUGAACGAUUCCUGGAGGUGGCUCAGAUAACGCUGCGUGAGUUCUUUAACGCCAUCGUGGCCGGGAAAGACGUGGACCCUUCCUGGAAGAAGGCCAUCUAUAAAGUGAUCUGCAAGCUGGACUCAGAAGUUCCAGAGGUCUUCAAAUCUCCCAACUGUCUCCAGGAGCUCCUUCAUGAGUAACACUUCCCCCAAACCUCCUCCACUACAUUUGGUCAAUUCGAUUGAUUCUUUUUUUUUUUUCUUUUUAAUAUUAUUCCAGUUUUUUCUGUUCUUUUUUUUAUUUUAUUUUAAUUUUUUUUAAUGUAAGGCAUAUGAAGUAGCAUUCCUGAGCUUUUUUUUUUUUUUCUUUUGCUUUUUGCUUUCUUUUUUCUUUCCCUUGGGGUGAUCUAGUUAAAUUUUGAGAUUUCUUGUCAUUUAUUUUACAUUAUUCUUUUUCAUGUUUCCUAUUUGGAGGGACUUUGGUCCCACUAGGGCCCUUUGACUUUUUGCUUGCUCGCUCUGGAAUUAUGGGUGAAUCCUCUUGAAAUCCCGAUACUGAAGCCAAACAACUCAGUGAACUGGUGUGACUGACGACGUGGGCUUGUUCAAACUGACGUUUUGAAGUGUGUAUUUCUCUGGAGAAGUGGGCAUUGCAUUUAUAGGGUGUAUAGAAUUAUUAUUAUUAUUAUUAUUAUUUCUAUUAUUAUUGUUAUUUUAUUACUGUCGGUGUUCUUGUUGUCGUUGUUGUUGUUCCUGCUUGGGUAAGACUGGCACUUGGAGGUUUUUCUUUCAUUCUUUCUUUUAUUCUUUUCUUUCUUUCUUUCUUUCUUCCUUUCUUUCUAUUCUUUUUUUCCCUUUGUUUCAUGAUAAGAUUGCAAGAAAGUAAAUUAUUAUUCCAAAAUGUAAAUCUUUAACUAUAUGCAAAACUAUAUUACAGACUUUACAUUAGAAUAGCUUUUCAUUAAGUCCUCACCCUGGAUUUUGGUUUAUAUGGGUCCAAGAAUUGACAUUUUUGGCUGGCUUUGAUUGACGGCCCAAUGCACCAAUCACAUUUGAAAGGGUACUGUAACCCCGCCCCUUUUUGAAUUAUAAUUUGCUGCACAGCCUGCUUUUUUUUUUUUUUAUGUUUAAUGCAAUGGUCCAGUCCCUCUGAAGCACACACACACACACACACACACACACACACACACACACACACACACACACACACACACACACACACACACACACACACACACACACGCACACAGACACACACUGUCCUGCUUACUCAAAUGCUUUGUGUGUAUGUGUGUAGCACUUGCUCUGUUAAAGAGGUGUCUCUUUGCGUGGUGAACAAGGAGGUCAUCAUCACAGAACUUAUGUCACAUCAGAAUUUCAAUUCGGUCACUGUGCAUUUCAAGAACACACAUUUAAAUGCCCUUCAACACACAUCUCAUUCCAGAGGAGUCAUAUGAAACCUUCGAGGAAGUGUGUGUGUGUGUGUGUGUGUGUGUGUGUGUGUGUGUGUGUGUGUGUGUGUGUGUGUGUGUGUGUGCGCACACUAUUUUUUUUCUGCUGUGUGGUAAUUAGCUCAGUAUUUUUAUGGUGUUUCUUGAAUACUGACUUGUUAUGAAAUUAAAAGGUGACCAUGUUUGAAGAGGACACAUUACAACACGAUUUCAAUCCUUGCAUAUGAUCGAUUUAUUAUUUUUUUUUUCCUGGAUGUUACGAUUUGAAAGUUUGUACUGUAUGGAUAUGAAUUUAAAAAAAAUGCACUUACCUGUUGUUCAGUGAAAGCAAUGACAUUGGAUUUUAUUUAAUAAAGAUUGAAAAUAUACUUGAAACGAA